AUGCCGAUCCGAUUGAUUGAAGGACCGGCCCUGCUGGUGGUGUUCGACGACCCGAUGACGACGGGGGAGGCGCUCCCCGUCGCCGGCGAGGAGCCCGCGGCGCGCGGGCAGGGCUUCUACUUCUACAACAAGAAGGACGGGUACAACGGCUGGUUCGGCUUCUCCAUCGUGUUCGACUCCCCGGCGCACAAGGACACCCUCAACCUCGUCGGCGCCGACCUCAUGGAGGAGGAGACGCACGACCUCACCGUCGUCGGCGGCACCGGCGACUUCUUCAUGGCGCGCGGCAUCACCACCAUCCGCCUUGACGCCUACGAGGGCACCACCUACACCCGUAUCCAGAUGGACAUCAAACUCUACGAGUGCUACGUCUAA